CACAUAGACAGAGGAGAGGCGGGGGCUUCAAAAUCAUCAGGUGUAUGUGUGCAGUCGCUCUGAGGUUUCACACAAGAUAACAGGGAUACAGAUCUGUUAACCUUGGAUAGCAUGACGGGACAGUUACCUGCGACGGAAUCGAUGUCUUUCAAUGCAUCUUUGUUAACCAAAUUGGAUUUUUCUCAUCAGAGGCAUUGCUUUUUUUAUGCCAGUCAAGCUGUGACCGGGACAUCUACAUGAUUUGGGUUUUUUUCCAGGGUCCAACCAGGUAGCAAUGAUGGUUGGAAAGCCAGUCCGGCAGUGGAGGUCUAUCUGUAAGGGACUGAUUCUGGGUGCGCUCCUGACCACCUGCAUGAUCCUUCUGUACUGUCUGUCGGCCCCUGAAGUCCAGUUUGGCCUGCAAGAAGUCCCAGUGCCUUACUCGUGUGCCCAUCGCCCUUCUGCUGUCCAUUCCAUCUCAAACAGCUCCAAUCAUCCUUCGGGGCAGCCAAUCUGCACUCCAAAAGUGGACAUCGUGUUCAUGAAAACCCAUAAAACAGCCAGCAGCACUUUCCUCAACAUCCUCUUUCGCUUCGGCGAAAAACACCAUCUCAAGUUCGCCUUCCCCAACAGCCGCAACGACUUCUUCUACCCCUCUCCAUUCCACCGCUCACAGGUCAAAGACUACCGGCCUGGGAUGUGCUUCAACAUCAUCUGUAACCACAUGCGUUUCAAUGCUGCCGAGGUGGCCAGGGUGCUUCCGGCUGAUGCAUCCUACAUCACAAUCCUCCGGGAUCCGGCCGAUCUGGCCGAGUCCUCCUUCCACUAUUUUGGACGCGUCGUACCUCUAACGUGGAAGAUUUCUGGGGAUGACAAACUCAGAGAAUUCCUAUCCGACCCAAACCUUUAUUACGACCCUGAAGGAUUUAAUUCGUUCUAUCUCAAAAACCUGCUUUUCUUUGACUUCGGCCAGGAUAACAACCUAAAUCCUGAAGACCCAAGAGUAGACCAGGCCAUCCAGGAGAUCUCCAAACGCUUCCAGCUGGUGAUGCUUGUGGAGCAUUUUGAAGAGUCGCUCAUUUUGCUGAAGGACGCCCUCUGCUGGGAGAUGGAGGAUUUGCUUUUUUUUAAACUCAACGCUAGGAAGGAUUCAACUAUUUCUAAGCUCACCCCAGAGCUUAGAUCCAAGGCCCUCCAGUGGAACGCCAUUGACUGGAAGCUUUAUCAGUAUUUUAACGACACCUUCUGGAGAAAGGUGGACGCUUAUGGCCGAGAGCGAAUGAUUAGAGAUGUUGCAGAGCUGCGGAGCAGAAAUGCAGAAAUGGCUGCUGUUUGUAUUGAAGGAGGCCGUGCAGUUGAUGCAGGAAGCAUCUUGGAGACUUCCAUGCAGCCGUGGCAGCCUAUUGGGGAGAAGUCCAUCAUGGGUUACAAUCUGAAGAAGAAUAUCGAUAAAGCCCACCGAAGGCUCUGCAGGAAGAUGCUGACUCCAGAACUGCAGUAUCUCAGUGACAUGGGCGUCAAUCUGUGGAUUACAAGACUGUGGGGUCACAUUAGAGAGAUCCUGCACUGGUAGCUCAGAUGAGGUUAAGUAUCUGUUAAUUAAGAGUUUCUGUAUUUUGUGAUUCUCAAGUGUUUAAUCAUUUAUUUAUGGAUGUGAAUUGCAUUUUGGGAUGUUGAUUUCUGCUCUGUCGACUUUUGAUGUAUAAAAUUUUACUUUGGAACCUAAACAAUGUGACUUUUAUUGACAUUUUAGUAGCUUGAAAUAAUAUAAUGUACAGGAAAUAAUAUAGAGAGAAAUUAGUCAGAAUUAAAAUAACAGAAAAUGUUCUGGCAGUUUAUUACAGUUUUUUAGCGUAAUAUACAACACUAACCCAGAAAAUAUAACACUUUAAACCAGGGGUGUCCUAACUCAGUCCUGGAGGGCCGGUGUCCUAUAUAUUUUAGUUUCAACCCCAAUUAAACACACCUGAAUCAGCUAAUCAAGCUCUUUCUAGGUACUAGAAACUUCUAGGCAGGUGUGUUGAAGCAAGUUGGAGCUAAACUAUACAGGACAAUGACCCUACAGGACCGAUUUUGGACAUCCCUGCUUUAAACUAUUUAAAAUGUUCAUAAAAGUCACUUUUUUCAUUUUUAAAGAAAGAUCAAGGUCUCAUUAUGCAAUUCAAAAGCGUAAAUAAAUAAACAUAAAAUAUAAAACAUGAAUCACAAAAUACAGACAACUGCUAAUUUACAUAUAUUUUUGCAGUGUAGGUGAAAGGUCAGCACUGACUUGUAUGGAUGCUUAUUUUGGCCACAGAAUAAAAGAGUUAAUUCAGAGGUUUUUUUUAUUUUACUUA